GAUUGUAGGUUAAUUUUAGGUUUGUUCUCUUCGGGCUCUCGGCCAAUCAACAGUCCCAUUUCUUCACAUAGUCACAGCAAGACCCACCAAUGACCUCAUGGUCGCCCAAGCCUGCUGUGUGGGAGGAGAGACUUUACCUGAGGAGGUCAGAAGCACUUCCUCCUCCACCACGUUUGCACUCAGGUUCGCCUCCCCUGGCUUAUGAGCACUCAGGCAGCCCACAGCAGGAGGAACCCGCUGUGAUGAGGGGCAGUGACAACUACCAGCCCAUCCCUGGUGAAGAGAAGAACCUGGAUGUGGACUUUGUCAACACUGAGACCAAGAGCAAUGAAUCAAUACCAUUGAAAAACCUGUAUCCACGGUUAGGCCCAUACUUCUCUGAUGGGCGGCAGGUGGACUACGUGCUGGCAUACCACAUCCAGAAGCCCAGCAGCAUCCGACGCCGGUUGUCCAGGUUUGGUGACAACAACUUCAUACGACGGCUUCGGCGCAGCCUGAGCAUGAGAAACAGCCGAGCCCAUCUGCAGACAAAGGAAGACCCAGAGAUCGCUGCCCAGGAGCAACAGACUGACUAUCAUGAGGAUGACAAGCGCUUCAGGCGGGAGGAGUUUGAAGAAAACCUCCUGGAGAUGGGGCUGGAGCUGGAAAAAGACGAAGCGAGUAAGAUCCCCGGAAUCGGCUUCUUAAAGAUCCAUGCCCCUUGGAAUGUUCUCUGUCGAGAGGCUGAGUUCAUGAAGCUCAAGAUGCCGACAAAAAAGGUUUACGAAGUCAAACAAGGCAAUAAUCUGGUGGAGAAGAUCCGACUGUUCAUUCACAAAGUCACAGCUCCUCUCCACCCAAAGGUAGACGCUAACCGACCACAAAGCGUCAAAUCCCUCUCUCACCCUUUCUCCCGAGAGAAGCAGCAUCUAUUUGAUCUGUCUGACAGGGACAAGUUCUUUGACAGCAAGACCAGGAACUCAAUAGUCUAUGAGGUACUGAAGAGGACAAGAUGCACCAGAGCUAAAUACUCCAUGGGGAUCACCAGUCUGCUAGCCAAUGGUGUCUAUACAUCUGCUUAUCCUCUGCAUGAUGGAGACAUUGAUGGCGUGAAUGCAGAAUCUAACGACAGGAAGCUGCUGUACGAGGAGUGGGCCAGCUACAGUGUCUUCUAUAAGUAUCAGCCUAUCGGACUCAUCAGGAAGUAUUUCGGGGAGAAGGUUGGACUGUAUUUUGCCUGGUUAGGAGUCUACACACAGAUGCUGAUCCCUGCAGCUAUUGUAGGAGUCAUUGUAUUUCUCUACGGCUGUGCAACUGUCGAUGAUAACAUACCAAGUAUGGAGAUUUGUGAUCCCAGGAACAACAUCACCAUGUGUCCGCUGUGCGACCGCGCCUGCAGCUACUGGAAGCUGGUGACAGCGUGUGGUACAGCCCGAGCCAGCCACCUGUUUGACAACCCAGCCACCGUCUUCUUCUCCAUCUUCAUGGCCCUCUGGGCGGUUCUCUUCAUGGAGCACUGGAAGAGACGGCAGAUGCGACUCAACUAUCUCUGGGACCUCACGGGCUUCGGAGAGGAGGAGGAGGAGGAGCAUAAGGACCACAACCGAGCGGAGUACGAGUUCAUGGUCAUGCGAAAGACAAUGAGGCGGGAACAUUCAACCCCGAAGGGUGAGAAGGUGAAGCUGACAUGUACAGACAGACUGCCAGCUUACCUGACUACUGUGGUCAUGAUGGGCUUCAUGAUCCUUGUGACGUUUGCCAUAGUCUUCGGGGUCAUCCUCUACCGGAUUAGCAUUAAAGCUGCACUGCACAUGAGCACCUACCCUGCAGCACGGUCCAACAUCAGAGCCACUGUCAAAACUACCGCCGCCAUCAUCAACCUCAUCGUCAUUAUCAUCUUAGAUGAAUUCUAUGCCGCCAUCGCCCGCUGGCUCACCACACUGGAGGUUCCAAAGACAGACAAGAGCUAUGAAGAGCGGCUCAUCUUCAAAACGUUUAUCUUGAAGUUUGUCAAUGCCUUCACACCCAUUGUCUAUUUGGCCUUUUUCCGGGGCAGGCUUGUUGGGCGGCCUGGAAACUACUUGUACGUUGUUGGAUCGUACAGAAUGGAAGAGUGUGCCCAUGCAGGCUGCCUCAUGGAGCUCUGCAUUCAGUUGUGCAUUACCAUGCUGGGCAAGCAGCUCAUCCAGAACAACCUGUUUGAGAUUGGCAUACCGAAGCUGAAGAAACUGCUUCGGAGGAGGAAGUCAGAGUUGGACUCAAAGCAAGAGGAGGAGCUGAACAAAACCCUGCAGCGUCACGAGAAAGACCACUUCCUGGGUCCUUUCACUGGCCUCAGCCCCGAGUACAUGGAGAUGAUCAUCCAGUUUGGGAUGGUGACUCUUUUUGUGGCCUCCUUCCCUCUGGCUCCGCUCUUCGCUCUUCUGAAUAACAUCAUUGAGAUUCGCCUGGAUGCCAAAAAGUUUGUUAUGGAGCUGCGUAGACCAAUUGCAGCCAAAGCCAAAGACAUUGACCUCGUCAACACUUGUAUCUGGUACAACCUCUUGAGAGGCCUCAGCAAGGUAGCAGUCAUUGUUAAUGCCUUUGUCAUCUCCUUCACCUCUAACUUCAUCCCACGGCUGGUCUACCAGUACAUGUACAGCCCUGAUGGCACCAUGCACGGCUUCGUCAAUCACACUCUGUCUUACUUCAAUGUCAGCGACUUCCAGCCAGGAACAGACCCUCUCGAGCCAUUGCACCUGGGCUACAAGGUCGUAAUAUGCAGAUAUAAGGACUACCGAGAGCCUCCCUGGUCCAGCACACCAUAUGAACUCUCUAAGGAGUUCUGGGCUGUUCUGGCCGCCCGCCUUGCCUUUGUUAUUGUCUUUCAGAACUUGGUGAUGCUUAUGAGUGACUUUGUGGACUGGCUGAUCCCUGACAUCCCUAAGGACAUCAGCCUCCAGAUGCACAAGGAGAAGAUCCUCAUGGUGGAGCUCUUUAUGAAGGAGGAGCAGGGCAAAAGGCUUGCAGCACGGGACAACUGCACCCAGGACAAUUGCACCCCCCCCUCGUCAGCCAAUCAGAGCCCUCUACAACCCCGCUCAAGACCCGUCUCACACACCAACUGCUGUUAAACUACUAGCAGCUAGGCUCUGGGAGAACAUCAUCAAGUAAACAAAACCUGUAUACAAACUAUACAGAAGUUAAUCAGCUGGUUAAAGCUUGCUGGUUAUACAUUAACACAUCAUCAGUUGUAAUAUUCAGCAAAGCUUUUGCUCCAUUUAUAUUGUUUGGGAAUAUUUGCAGGCAUGAUCUGACUGUUUAAACCUAAACUUUAACCAAAAAUCCUGCAAGUAGUUAGAUAUAUGAUAACAAAACAUUAUUUAUUGGAUGUCUUUGAAAGGAACAAGCCAUUAGCUUCAUUUGACUCAUUCAAAUGACUCAU